AUGAACGGUAGUUCGGAUGAAAAUCAUCCAAAUAAUGUUGACGAAACGGUAAAGACAGAAAAUAUCGAUCAACCAUCAUCUAGUGUAGAUGAAACAUCACAAGAUUUCACAGCGAAGGACGAAACAUUGAAAGAACCCUGGACAGAACAAAAACUUAAUGAAAAGAUCGUACAAAAAUUGAAAAAUUCCAUAGAAAAUGGUAAACUAACCGAAGCCGAUAUUGACAAUAAACUUUGUCUUGCACUAAAAACUUUGCCUGAUGAUCAAGAAAGUAUCGAUAGUGUACUUAAUGAAUAUGACACCAGUGAUUUGACAGGAGUUAUUAAUAAAAGUGCAUUUUUGUGUAAUAUAAUCAAACAGUGGAAAUUGAAAAAUACGAAAGAAAUAAAAAAUAGUUCAGAAAAAAAAAUUGGCGAAAGUACUGAUAAAAAACCAGGACCAGAUGAAGCUAAAUUAAAGGCCAUUUGUGAUCGAACACAUUAUGCAAUCGAAAUUACAGCCGGUCAGCGAAAAUAUGGAGGACCUCCACCGGAGGGACCAGAAAGACCACCAGAGAACAGUGAAGUAUUUGUUGGAAAAAUUCCACGUGAAGUAUUUGAAGAUGAAUUAAUUCCAUUAUGUGAAGAAGCAGGCAAAAUAUGGGAUUUAAGAUUGAUGAUUGAUCCAUCUACCGGUUAUACUAAGGGUUAUUGUUUUGUCACAUUUUGCAGUCAAUCAGAUUCAUUAAAAGCUCGUGAUAGGCUCAAUGGGUUUGCUAUCAGGCCAGGAAAAAUAUUGAAAGCCAAUCUGAGUGUUGCCAAUGUACGUUUAUUCGUUGGAAAUAUACCAAAAACAAAAACAAAAGAAGAAAUAAAAGAAGAACUAUCUAAACUUGUUGAGGGUAUCACCGAAGUUAUCGUUUAUAUACCAGCCGAUGAAGCUGAUAAGAAGAAAAAUCGUGGAUUUUGCUUUGUUGAUUUUGAUACACACAAAAAUGCCUCAGCAGCAAAACGAAAGCUGGCUAGUUCAAGAACUAGGUUAUUCAAUCGCGAUGUAGCUAUUGAUUGGGCAGAUCCUGAUGAAAAUCCCGAUGAUGAAACAAUGUCCAAAGUAAAAGUUUUGUAUGUUCGAAAUUUAACGUCGGAUGUCAGUGAACAAGAUGUAAAGGAUCUAUUUUUACCUUAUGGUAAUAUUGAACGUGUUCGAAAAGUUCGCGAUUACGCUUUUGUUCAUUUUGAUACACGUGAUGAUGCAUUGAAUGCAAUGAAAGCGCUAAAUGGAAAACAAUUGGGGAAAAAUUCUAUGGAAAUCAGUUUAGCCAAACCAAUGAGUGAUAAACGUAAACAAGCACAACAAAAACGUGAACAACGGAAACAGUUUGAACCAUACAGUCGUGGAGGAGGAUAUGGAAUGGGAGGUGGAUCGGAUUCGCAUUACGGAAAUGCUCCACCGAGUCGAAUGCAAGGUGGAAAUAUAGGAAUGAGUGGUGGUACAGAUAUGUUUAUGCCAAAUUACGAUAUGGAUUAUGGCAUGAUGGGAAAUGACAUGCGAAGUGGUGGUCCAUCUAGAGGAGGACGAAUGUCGCGUGGCGGAAGAUCUGGCCAACCUACAUCUUCGUACGGUGGUCCAAUGAUGAUGAAUCGUGGCGGAGGUAUGGGAAAUGGUCCAUCUCGUCGAGGAGGUAAUAUGUCUAUGAGAGGUGGUGGUGGGAAUAAUAAUGGUCGAUCAUCUUUCGGAGGUUAUGGGGGUGGUAAUAAUAAUCUCGGCGGUGGGAGACAACAAAUGAAUCAACAGUAUUCAGGAGGUAUGAAAAGAAAAUCAGGACCAAUGGAAGGACGAGGCGGCGGUCUUCCUAAGAGAAAUCGCCAGGAUAAUACUGGUAGUUGGGGCAUGGUUGAUGAUUCGAAUAAUACCGGCGGUAAUUGGUUUCAAGAUGCUGGCUAUUCGCAAUAUCACUGGAAUUGA